UAAAGGAUUUCUCAAACAUGCAUGAAAUAAUCAACACUGCAGGUUUGUUUUUGAUGAAUAAAAGACACGAAGCAAAGAUCAGAAAAGUGAAUUUUAUGUGAUCCUGCCCCUUUAAGAACCAGCAGCUCACAGGCCUGCAGACUUGAAGCUGGAACCCUUCAGUCCUCUGUCCAUGUUGAGUCUCUUCUCCUCUGUCUCAGGUCUAACCGAGUCCAUCCUGCGGGCCAUGCGGCGCAGCCGGCGCCUCCUCUUCGUCCUCAGUCCCGACUUCCUGGCGGAGAAGAGCUUCAGCCUGCUGGAGUGCCGUUUGGGUCUGUGCCUGCAGCGCGGCCAGCGGGCCUCCAUCCUGGCCGUGGUCUGCCGCUCCGUCAGCAAGCUGCCCUGCGCGGAGGCGGCCCAGCUCCGCCACGCCGCCAUCUGCACCGCCACCUGGCGGGGGCGCCGGUCCGAGCCGCGGCGCUCCCGGUUCUGGCUGCGGCUGCGGCUGGCGCUGCCGGUCCGGCCGCUCGCUCUGGGCCGGCGGCUCAUCGACAGCACGUCGUCGCACUCCGACCUGGCGGCGCUGGCUCUGCAGAGAGCUCAACGCAUCCGGAACCAGAACCGCAGCGACCGGGCCGGCCGGAGCCGCACGGGCCGCAGGGCUUCGGCCAAUCACAGAAAGACUCCGUCCAGAGGGAGGGGCGGCGUCAGGAGGGAGGAGGGGCUACAGCACAGCAGGAGGUGCUCCGGGUGCGCUGGGUUCAUGGGCCAGGUAGAAGACAGGCGGGCGGAGAUUAGAGGGGAGACCCAGAUGCAGCUGGAGCUGCGCAACGGGACCGACGCCGUCUCAGAAACGGACUCCAUCACCACUGACCCCGCCCACAAAGCACACAGCCACGCCCCCUCCCCAAACCACGCCCCUGAAACCCGUGACCACGCCUCCUCCUGUCAGCAGGAAGUGGAUACUUCUAGGACUUCAGAGGAAAAUCGGUCCGGUGAAAAGGGGGAGGAGCUUAUGCUUGAGAUGGCGCCAACCGGAAACCCGGCCUAGCCGUUCAUUUCCAACAUGUGAAUCGUUCUCUGACUGAAUCGGUGAACUUUUGGACUAAUCUGAAGGAGUGUGGUUACCUUUUAUAGGGCUUAAUAAUUAACACUUCUCUGGAUUUAACAAUGAAGAAAAGCCGGAAUCAGACCUGCAGCAUUUUAGAUCUGCUGAAGAUGUUUUACCGAGUUCUUUCUGCUUCCUGAUAGUAUUUGUAUUAUUUGUAUUUAUUUAUUCAUUCAUUUCAUUUAAUACAAAAAAAAACAAUCUAACUCAUGUUUUGGUAU